AUGGGUGGCCCGUGCUGGGACGUGGACCUGCAACGUUGGCGCAAAACAUUUGCCGUCGACAACGACGGCAAAGUUGUCCUCAGUCGCAAAUCAGACUUCGACCACCUGAAUCAUCUAGCAGAUGGGCCGCAAGAACUUGAUGCUGCUCUGAAUUGUAUCGGCCAAUUUGCGCUCGCCGCUGGCAAGUUGCAUUGCAAUGUGUAUACCAACUCCAAUGACUCGGGCACGCUGAGCCACGAACAGGUGACAAUGUCAGGUUUCUGGCUGAGUGGGGACAAGUUCGUGACUUGUGCUCAUCUUCUGGACAUUCACGCCGACACGAAUGUGGACGAGACGGAGCGACGGCUGCGCGACGCACAGCUGACGACAGCACGUGUUUCGAUGGCGAAAUUCUCAGAAGACGCAGAGGACGAUCUGGGACCAGUGUACCAUGUCCACUUGUUGAACCUUUGCAGAGCCUCAGACCUUGCUAUCUUUGUCUUGAACUCUGAAGCCGCCGGAAACGAAUACACACCUCCCCACCCGGUGCACUCCAUCGACCCUAGAUUGUUGGAACCCCUACCGCUCGAAAACAGUUUGUCGUCCUCGAACUACUUCACUGCAUAUUAUCCAGGUUCCGAACAAGACAUACAUAACACGAAGCUAUCCUACAUACGCAAAUCCAAUGCGGCAGCGGCAAAUAUCCAAGAUACUUACGAGUUCAUGGGUCAAGAGGUCAGAAAUGCCUACUUUCCAAAGUCCCUCCUAGGACCCCUACCUCAUUAUGAAAAGACGUUCAAAUCGGACACCCGAAGUGUUGCGUUCGGUCCAGUCAUGCCUAAGCAAGGGGGGAAUAUCUGUGGACGAGUGUACGGAACUGGCAAGCUGACCGAAGCGCGUGAAUGCAAUAUUGCUGGCUUCUACGGCUGCAGUGGCGGGAUGGUGUGUAGGAUUGAGAAGAAUCGCGGUGCUUGGAGAGUUCGAGUUGUUGGCGUCUUUCACGGAGAAAGUUCGAACAACUUCAAAUACAACAUUAUCCUCGGAUUUACUGUUGCUGGCGUCGAAGAACUCAAGAAGCCCGUUAUUGACCCGCCCCAGCUUGGAAAAGGCCUUGCCGCUCUCCACAUGUGA